GGGAUUGAAGAGAGUUUCUCCUGCGUGGUGCCUGCGGACGCGCGGAUCGUCCAUGCGCUCCUCGAGGGCAGAAUGCUGGGCAGCAGCGUCAAGAGCGUGCAGCCCGAGGUGGAGCUGAGCGGCGGCGGCGACGAGGGCGCAGACGAGCCGCGGGGCGCGGGCAGGAAAGCGGCCGCGGCGGACAGCAGAGGCAUGCUGCCCAAGCGCGCCAAGGCGCCCGGCGGCGGUGGCGGCAUGGCCAAGGCCAGCGCGGCUGAGCUGAAGGUCUUUAAGUCGGGCAGCGUGGACAGUCGUGGCCCCGGUGGGCCGCCCGCCUCCAACCUGCGCAAGCAGAAGUCGCUAACCAACCUCUCGUUCCUCACGGACUCCGAGAAAAAGCUGCAGCUCUAUGAGCCUGAGUGGAGCGACGAUAUGGCUAAGGCGCCCAAGGGCUUGGGCAAGGCGGGGCCCAAGGGCCGUGAGGCUCCGCUCAUGUCUAAGACUCUGUCCAAGUCGGAGCACUCGCUCUUCCAGGCCAAGGGCAGUCCGGCGGGCAGCGCUAAGACCCCUCUCGCACCGCUUGCGCCCAGCCUGGGAAAACCGAGCCGCAUCCCGCGCGGCCCCUACGCUGAGGUCAAGCCGCUCAGCAAGGCUCCCGAGGCGGCUGUGAGCGACGAUGGCAAGUCGGACGACGAGCUGCUCUCCAGCAAGGCCAAGGCUCAAAAGGGCUCUGGGCCGGUGCCCGCCGCAAAGGGCCAGGAGGAGCGCGCCUUCCUCAAGGUGGACCCCGAGCUCGUGGUGACCGUGCUGGGCGACCUGGAGCAGCUGCUCUUCAGUCAGAUGCUGGACCCAGAGUCCCAGAGAAAGAGAACAGUACAGAAUGUCCUGGAUCUUCGCCAGAACCUGGAGGAGACCAUGUCCAGCCUGCGAGGGUCCCAGGUGACUCACAGCUCCCUGGAUAUGACCUGCUACGACAGUGAUGACGCCAACCCUCGCAGCGUAUCCAGCCUCUCCAACCGCUCAUCCCCUCUCUCCUGGCGCUACGGCCAGUCCAGCCCCCGGCUGCAGGCUGGCGACGCACCUUCAGUGGGUGGGAGCUGCCGCUCGGAGGGGACGCCUGCCUGGUACAUGCACGGGGAGCGGGCCCACUACUCCCACACUAUGCCCAUGCGCAGCCCCAGCAAGCUCAGCCACAUCUCCCGCCUGGAGCUGGUCGAGUCCCUGGACUCAGAUGAGGUGGACCUCAAGUCUGGCUACAUGAGCGACAGUGACCUCAUGGGCAAGACCAUGACGGAGGUCGACGACAUCACUACAGGGUAA